GGGAGCUGCGAUGAGGAACCGGAGCAUGCGCGGGUCGGCGCCGGGAUCGCCCUUCAUCCCUGCUGACCACACCAGAGCCGCUGUAAACUAAAUCAACGCGGAAAUAAACAAUGUUCCUGCUCAACGUCCCCGGUCCUCUGAGAGCUGCUGCUGGGCAGGGAGAGAAAUCCCCGUAAAUAGUCAACGUCUUCCCAAAACUUUCCAAGAACUCGGUCUCGGCCCCUGCGUCACUCGAGGCUGCAGCCCGCGGGGAGAGGGGGGCUGGCCGGGGGAUGGGGGCGUAGCACUCUGUGGGUUUGGGACAGACGAGUCAUUUUGGAGCUUCCAGUUGGAGCUCGCGGGCUGGACACGGAGGGCAGGCUCUCCCCGGGAGGACAGACUGACAGCGAGCAAGAUCCCUGAUUUUGGGGGUUGAUCCGAUUUCAGAGGAAGCUUCUCACAGCAGCUCCUAUCAAACUGGCCACGCUGCCUGGCUGAGCCUGUGCCCGGUUUCUCCUCCCAGGCCCAGGUCAGAGGAAGAUGAAGGUCCUGCUGGUGCUGACGAUGCUGUUUGUCUGCAGUGUGUUCACAGCGCACGGGAAGCACCCACGCACGUUCACACCGGGACUCGAGGGAAGCACCGUAGGAAACCUGACUGCCCAUGGAUGCUACAGGGGAUGGGGCACCUCGAGGGCUUCAGUGGAUCGGUGCUGCCUGCUCCGAGCCUGCUGCUAUGCCAAGCUGGCAGCGCGGCGGUGCCGCGUGGGACCCGUCCAGCCCCUCUCUGCGCCGCGGGCAGGGAUCCCCACCUGCAGCUCGGGGACGCGGUGCCAGCGAGACGCCUGCAGGUGCGAGCGGGCGGCGCGGCUGUGCCGGGCUCAGCUCGGCCGGGCUCAGCUCCGCCGCCGCGCCAGGUGCCGGGGACGAGCCGGGCGCUGCUGAAGCAAAAACUCCCUUUGCGAAACCAUCUCCGGGCUGAUCGGCGAAGGGACGGCGCCGGCAGCGCUUCCCAGCCCGAGUCUCCUCCUUGGGGCCUUUUGGCUUCGAGGCGAGGACAAGAACCCUCCGGUCAAGUCGCGUCACGGCAUGCGAGGAGGGGGAGCAGCGCUGACCUGAUGUCCAGCAUAGCAAAGCAAGGGAGGAGUGGACACCUGCCCCUCGUCCCGAUGAGGGGCGAGAUGGGAAGCGUCCCCCUCGGCAGCCUGUCCGCUCCCUCCGCCUCCUGCUUCACAGCAAAUUCCCUCCUGUUGCUCCAAAAUAAAACCAGAGAGCCCAAAGCACCGGUUGCCAGCGUGCAGUGACUCAGCUGAGCCCAGCGACCACCCCUCACCUCUCAGACAGGUUUCCUGUUGAAGUACUCAGCAAAAAUGACACUUGAGAGGUGACACAGCUCACCCUGAACUGCCCCAACUUAGCUCUAAACCUUCAGGCUCUGAAAAUGUCCAGUUUUUCUGAGAGAUGGAGAAGUGAGGCUGGUGCAGGGGCUGGGGGCAGGCAUGAUGGCGUGGGAGGGCCAGGCUUGGACUUCCAUGAUCCUUGUGGGUCCCUUCCAGCUCGGUAUAUUCUGUGAUCCCCUAAAUCUCUGCUGUGACAACACAGCCUGGAGCUUGCCUCACACCCAGUGCUGAGCAAAACAGAGUUCUCACCAGAAAAGAAUGUUUUGGCCCAAUUCUGCAACAACCCUGAGCACAUUCCUUAGGAAAAGGCAGCUCAGGCAGCAGCUGCUUCCCCCACUUCAGCAUCCCCAGGUUUUGUGCCUUGGGGUGUUGACCCUGGCAGGUCUCCGGGCUCCAAAGCGCCUUGCCUUAUGGGGGGCUCAGCAAUGAAAUAAAGCCACAGAAAAAGCAACAAAACACUGUUUCCUCGGGGGCUGAUGCCCAGCUGGAAUUCCCCAUAGCUGAAAUCAAUGGCACCAGGAAAUAGCCCUGAAAUCAGUGAUGCUUCUGCCAGCUGUCACCCGGGAACCAGGGAAUCACCCGUGUGGAACCCUGGGGGAGAUGAGGAAGGAGCCCUUCACCCAGAAGCUGAUAAUUGCAGGGCAUAAAUCAAGGAUCAAAUCCUCACCGAGAGGAUGGAUAUCCCAGACAGAUUGCAGGCUGGGAUAAACUGAAUCACACUCUCCCUUUGUAAAUUCUGGGUGAAUUUUAACCAUCCUGAAUUUUCCUGCUUGGACAUCCGGCUGUACAAAUCCAUUCAUACAAGUCCUCCAAAUGCUGAUGUUUUGGCUCAGAUGUUGCACCCCCUCGGAGCAUUGCAAUAAACUGGACUGCAACA